ACAGUUGACACAUGUCAUCCAUUUGUUUUUGGUUUGAUUGUGUUUGGUUGUGGUCUAAUAUUUUGAAAAUGGACAAAUUUAUAAUUAGAUCGAAGAAACCAAGUAGCAAAAGCAAUGAUUCAUCAAGUAAUAUACAAGCAGAAACAAAUAGAACAAUAGAAACAAAUAUAACAACAGAAAUAAGUUCAACAACAGAAACAAGUAAAACAACAAAUACUCAUAAAAAUAAAACAACAAAUAGAACAGAAAAUAUAACAACAGAAUCAAAUAAUAAUGGAAAUCCAAGUACAACAGAAGCUGGCCCCAGUGAAGAUGAGGCAUCAAGCCAAAAAAAAUACAAACAAAAAUACAAAACUUCAUGGGAAGUACAUUAUUCGUGGCUGCAGUGCGUCAACGAAAGUUGUUUUUGCAAAAUUUGUUUCAAGUCUCUCGAAAAUAAUAAGAAAAACCUUGAAAGGCACCAUGUUUCUGAGAGACAUGUUACUAAACAAAAAAAUGAAAGUCAAAUGAUGUCCAUUCCUAGUUUAUUUCAACAUGCAAAUACUUGCGAUUCUGAUAUAUCAAAAAUUAAAGCAGAACUAAUGUGCGUAAUGUUUUGUAUUAAGCGUAAUUUAUCCAUUUCAAACAUGGAUGCUCUUCCAUCUUUAAUUAGCAAUGUCUGCCCAGAUUCAUCAAUCGCUAAAACGAUUAAGUGUGGAAGAACAAAAGCUACGUCAAUGAUUAAUAACAUAAUUGGACCCUUUUCCCAAUCAUUAAUUGUCGAACAUCUAAAAAAUAAUAAGUUUUCAAUUAUUAUUGAUGAGACGACAGAUGUCUCUUCAACAAAGUGUUUAGUUUUAGUAACUCGUUUUUUUAAUAUUGUAACAAACAAAAUGACUGACCAUUUCUUUGCGUUGUUAGAACUGCAACAUUCAGAUUCCCAGGAAAUAUUUUCCAGUUUAAAAUCAAUUUUUGAAGAAAAAAAUAUUGCUCUAACAAAUAUAAUCGGACUAGCGACGGAUAACGCAUCCGUCAUGUCCGGUAAUAUUUCUGGGGUAAAAGCAAAAUUUUUACAAAUAAAUAAAAACCUUUUUUUUCUUGGAUGCACCUGCCAUUCCCUGCAUCUAUGUGCAUCGGCAGCAUUCAAGAAAUUUCCAGAUUACCUUGAAAAAAUAAUAAAAGCUAUUUAUAAUUAUUUUGCACAUAGCCCAAAACGUAUUGGUGCAUACAAACAGUUCCAGGAAGCUUUUGAUUUGAAAACCAACAACAUUUUGGGUUUAUCUGCCACUCGUUGGCUCUCAUUAGAAAGUGUUAUUAACCGACUAUUGGAGCAGUGGCAAGGGUUACAGCAUUAUUUUAAUUUAGAGGCUUUUGAAAAUCAAAAUUCAACAGUUAACAUAUCUAAUUUUUUAAUGAACUCAAAAAAUAAAUUAUAUCUUCUUUUCUUAUCUUAUAUUUUAAAUUUAAUGAAUAAAAGCAAUAAACUUUUCCAAAGCGAGUUCACCCAAAUUCAUUUGCUUAAUCAAGUGAUGCAGGAUUUGUUCCUAGAAAUUCUUAAAAAUUUUAUAAGGCUUGAUGAAAUAAACGUAGAUGUUAAUUUUGAAGAUUCAGCACUAUAUAUGCCACUGUCCGAUAUUUACUUUGGCAUUCAGUUACAACAGCAUAUCAAUAAAAACUUAAAUGAAUUUGCUGAAGAUGAAUUAUUCGAUAUUAAAAAUAAUUUAUUGGAAUUUUAUAAAGAACUAUGUAACCAAAUAAAGAAACGCUUUAAUUUUAAUAAUAAAAAAUUGCAAUUAUUAAAGUAUUUAGAUGUAAGCCAAAUAGCUAAUGGUAGUUUAAUGUCCAUCUUACCAAUUUUUGAAGAAUUUCCACAUUCAUCUCAAAAUGUGGAAGUUCUUAAUAUGCAGUGGAGGUUCCUAUUAGGCAAUAACGAUUUUAUUAAUAAAUACCAUGACCCUUAAGAUAUUACAAAGUUUUGGUCAAAAGCUGGCAGAAUUUAUGCUUUUGCUAUGCUCGUUACCGCAUAGCAGUGCAGCUGCUGAAAGGAAGUUUUCGAUGGUAAACUUGAUAAAAA